AACAAAUUAAAAUGAUCUUCAGCUAGGUGAGAAUUUGGUGGAACAAAGCUAGUUUUGAAAAUGUUCUUGAGAAGGCCAUUAGCCAUAACCAUAACAAUAAUCUUCUCCCUCUCAUGCCUUGAUUGCUUUCCUAUUGAUGAUAAGCGAAUUGUCAUCAAUGUGGAUCAUUUCGGCGCUCGAGGCGACGGGCGUACUGAUGAUUCGGAAGCAUUCAGUCGCGCUUGGAAGAAAUUUUGUAAAACAGAAAAAGGAGAGUUGUUGAUUCCUCUUACAAAGACAUACUUACUUAAGCCAAUGUCUUUGGAUGGACCCUGCAGGCAAAAUCUUAAGAUGAAGAUAUCAGGAACAAUUAAAGCUUCUCCGAAUAAAAGAGAUUAUGAGGUUACAGGGAGGCUAAACUGGAUGCUUUUAAGGUAUCUGGACUACUUCCAUGUUGAUGGGGAUGGCAAUAAAGGCACCAUAGAUGGAAGUGGGAAAAACUGGUGGAAGGAUUCUUGCAAUUUCAAGGAAUCAGCGACCUGCGACAAAGGUUUAGUACCAUUUUCAGUCAUGUUUGAGAAUUCCACAAAUUUGAAGGUGGAAAACUUAUCGUUUAAAAAUGCCCAAAAGAUGCAUCUGACUUUUAAUGUAACUCGAAAUGUUGAAGCUUCACACAUCAAAAUACAAGCUCCUGAAGAUAGCCCCAAUACUGAUGGGAUACAUGUAAGUGGGAGCUACAAUGUUACUAUCACCAAUUCUAACAUUGCCACAGGUAAAUAAUAAAUGAUGUUGGCUACCCUUUCUCGCUUUUUCUCUUCAAAAAACUUCACUCCAAAUUCACUUUUAUUACUCCGUAUGUCCUACUCACUAUAAAAAACACAGGAUUGAUAGAGAUUUUUGGCACAGAUUUGUCAAAAUAAUAGAGAAUUUAAUAGCGACAUGCUAAAUUUAUGCGAAAAACAUUUUGACACGAGUUAUUUAGUAUGAAAUCAUAAGUCAAUAUAUGCCAAAUCCGUGUCAAUCUUGUAUUUUUUUUGUAAUGACUAUUUAAACGAGUAUUGUUAGGUUCCAUGAAUAUUAAUGAAAAAAGUGAUAUGUUGAUAAAAUAUUGAGUUGAGUUGUACUGCAUUGUUG